UUGCCUCUUUCCCCCAUCGCCAACCAAGCAGCAAUCAUCUCGCUCUGCUCGGUACGUAAACAAAAUGCAGCGAACAAUACGAUCAGUCGAAAGAUAAUCGCGUAACCCCUCGGAAUCGACCUUUCCCGAAGAGAGGACAAACAACAAAACACCAAAUUCUGCAGUCUCGGUCGAGGCCACAAUCUUAUCCGAUAAGAAACAUCCUGCACAUGCACCAUGGGCGCAUCAGAAACCAGUGACGUAGGUCCAGGGAAUCGCCCGGAAGCGAGUUAUUUGGAGACACUCGAACAGGGUGCGAACAUUUCGGUGGAUUACGGCGACAUCGAGCUUCCCGAGUGGUACGACGAUGGGAAGAUUAAAAGGGCACAAGAUUACUUCAGGCGCAACUUUUACGCGAUGUUCGUCGGUAAGCUGUGCGGACUGCUCGCCAUCAUUACGGUGCCGUCGAUUUUGCGCGUGCUGGUCCACACAAACCAAUCGUCCGAGCCGCGGACGGCCUACCGGCGCUACGUUGCCACCAUCAUGCAUACGCUGGAAUGGUACUUCGAGGAUUUCGUUCCCACGUCUAGAGCCUGGAAAUCGAUAUCGUUUGUGAGAAAAACUCACGCCGGUGUGAGCAGACAGGCAUCGAGCGUUCGUCCGGGCAUGAUCAUCUCCCAGCGAGACAUGGCGAUCACUCAGUUUGGCUUCAUUGGCUACAUCAUUAUUAGCCACCGCAAGCUUGGCGUCCAGUACGACCCGAAGGACAUGGAUGCGUUCGUGCACAUGUGGCGCGUGAUUGGCCACAUGAUGGGCAUCGAAGAGAGAUUCAACGCUUGCACCGAUCGGUUCGAAACCACCGAGCAGCGGAUGUCGCUGAUAGCGAACGAAAUACUGCAACCUGCCCUGCUCCAUCGCACGGCCGAAUUUGUCAAAAUGGGCAAAGCGCUCAUCGAAGGUUUGUGGUGCUUCAAUCCGUUAGUCGAGUUCGAUAGCUUCCUGUUCCUGACGAUGCGGCUUAACAACAUACCGGGCUAUCAUUACUGGGCGGAUGAGGCGACGCCGGGUGUGAAGGAAUCGGAAUCGCGUCUUCGGCCCUACGAACAGUUCAGCCGGUACGCCCGGUUUAUCCUCUACUGUGUGUGCUACAUCCAAUCGGUUCUGCUAAACAUUGCGCUGCUCCGGUGGUACUUUAACAUGCAGAUGGUAAUGUCCCGGUUUCUGAUCACCUACUUCCCGUUUCUGGCCAUCUACGCGUAUGGUGUGACGGAUGCGUACGUACGCAUCUUGAAGUAAGCUCUGUAAGCGAUCUGUAAGCUAUCUGUUAUCUAUUUUUAUGUAACUUUGGUGAAAUGCAAACUAACCUUUUUACGACUACAAA